CCUGGUUCUGCCUGUUCGCUGCCUGCAUCAAACGUCCAUCAUUUUUCUUGUACGACACAACGUCUGAAUUUCUUCAUCAUCGUCAACUUUCUUUGCUUAAUGCUUCAACUCACAAAGUGCUACUAUUGUAGCCAUCUAAUCUAAUCAAUAUUAACUCACAUCUGAUUUUUACUUUUACCUUUUUCGCGAACCCCCGUCAAGAAAUUUCCCUAUCCGGGAACCGAGGAGACCGAAAAAAAAACAAGUUUUGUCGGGACGGACCACCAGCCCUAUCAAUCUCAUCUUUCGUUAUCUAUCACUUGCAGAGAGAUCUGCAGGGUCCUGGGGCAGCACCGCAGCAGCAAUCAAAGGAAAGGGGAAAUAAGGGCAAAGGCUGCAAGAUAACGUUCAAGUAUUCCCUGCUGGGCUGGGGGCGAUCAGCUCGGAGGGUUCCAAGGUUCCAGCGGACUGGGCCGCAGCCGCACAACGCCGUCGCCGCUACCAUCGACGCCAUCGGACGAGAAAAUCCGGGGUUCUGAUUUUCAAGACCCUGUCUAGCAUCGUAUCGCAUAUCGUGUCGCAUCGGGCGAACGGUCUGAGGGACAGUAUAGCCACGACGACGAAAGCGACACUGCCGAGGAGGAGAAGGGGAAACGCGCUCUGGAAACGAAAUAACACAAUCACUUGACACACAAAUCGCGCACCCACACCCAUCCACCCGCCCACAAUGGAAGGGUUUCCGCGUAUUAAUCGCACCAUGUCGGCAGGCCCAGGGCCACCGAAAUCACCUGCGCCGCAUCCACCCCGACGAGGCCAGAGCGUCACCGCCGGGAGGCUCACGCGGUACAGAAGCGUGCGGGAGCACAAGAGUGUGCUGGACUUUGGACGCAACUGGCGGGACUGGGAGGUGGAUAUUUUCCAGGACGACGAGACGGUGUCCAAUGCAACGACCGAGACGGGCACCGCGACAAGCAUUGCGCUGGGUCUAGGCAUUGGAAUUGCCGUGGAUGAAGAGGAGGGAGCUGUUGUUGGUGGUGAUGAUGGACAGGCAUCGGUCUCGUCGCCGCAUCGUCAUGAUCAGUAUGGGCAGCAGCAGCAGCAGCAAACCCCAGCUUCAUCAUUGAGGAGGAGGCGCACAGCGCCGUUGCUGUCGUCGUCGGUGCCGCAAACACCGUCGGGAGCACCGCAGUUGACAAUGCAAUGGCAGUGGCCCGAUCUCAUGGCCGGUACCGGCAUCAGCGAUGCUUCGUCUCCGUUUGAUUUUGAGAAUUCUCCGGUCAGUAGUGGUGGCCGUUGUGCAGCAACAGGAGAAGGAGAAGGCCAAGGAGGAGGGCGUAGUGCGAGUUAUUAUUGUCGUGGGGGUGGUGGAAUUAGCACUGAUAUUGGCAGUACUGGUGCUGGAGAUGGUGCGGUUGGCGGUGGAAAAAGAAUGGUGGUCCCAGCCCCUCCCGAAUCCCCCGUGCGGUUCAGCUACCCCAAUCGACGGCGGCCAACCAAGACGGCCCCCAAGGCGGAUCUGGACGACAGCUGGAGCCCCUUGCAUGGAAGCUCGUCUCCUCCUAUUUUUUCUUCUUCGCCGCCUUCUCUGUCUCCAAAGUCCCCUACGACGACGACUACGGAUACCAGGUCCUCUCCUCCUGCAGGCGGUGGUCGUGCCAGUGGUGUUAUUACUGGUGCAACAACAGACGCAUGCGGCCCUUAUGGCCCCAGACCCCCAAGCGAACCGGGUUCCUUAUUCUCCCUAGCGCCAUCCUAUUCCGGGUCCACGUCCCCAGCCCCAGGGGUUCCAGGGGUUUCCUCCACUCAGGCCGCCCCUUUGUACGCCUUGAGCCCCUGUCCGCCGGCCCCGUCUGCAGGAUCAGCGUUAUUACCACCAGCAUCAGCGUCAGCUGCUGAUGCGUCUGCGUCUGCGUCUUCUGCUUCUUGGUCUGCGGCACCGAAACCGAACCUCGUCGGGCUUGUACCACAACCGCCAACAUCGCUGACGACAGUACCUCCUACACCACCACGGCUACCCACAGUCCCAGCAGUCCCAGUCGUCCGCGCAUUUGCACUUGCGCCUGCAUCUGCGCCUGCGCCAGCGCCAGGAGAAGGAUCCCAAGGAACGGCACCACUUGAACCAGCUACACCACCGCCGCCAGUACCGCAUCACCCUCCUCCUCCCCCUCCACCACACUCGCUUUUACAUCCAACACAACCAUCUCCUCCUGGAAUAGGACUGGGACUACUUCCGCUGCCCUUCCCGGCUCAAGGCCAAGCCAAAGCCCAAGCCCAGGCACAUCAUACCCGAGCACGCGACCUCGUCCCGCCUCCCGGUCCCCAUCUGCGCCCUCGUUCGCACAAUCCAAUCUUGGUUUCUUCCCACUCGUCAUGCGCCGACCUGAAGCUCGCUGCCAGGGCUGAACACGCUCGCUCUCAGAUCAUCACCAAGCUCGCCCUCCAACCUGACUCUCAUAACAACAACGACUACACCAACAUCAACAAGGAGGACAUCAUCCGCAGCAACAACCCCAACUGGGACCAGCAGCUUGCCCGUCAGGAAGAAGAUCGACAGCGCCGGCGCCACCAACAACACCAGCAAUUGCUCGCCCAGGAGGAAGAAGAGCACCGACGUCGCAAGGAACAGGAAGAGGAGGACGCUGCUCGCUGGGCCGAAGAGGUUGCUCGUCUUGAAGCAGAGACCGAUCGCAUCUUGGCAGAUCAAAAGGCAAAGGACCUCGCAAGACUCCAGGCUCAAUUGGCUGCCGUACCCGACGCACCAGCCUCCCGUGUCCGGAGUCCUAUUGUCGACAAGUUUACCUUCUUCCUGAGAAAGGGUCGCAAGACCGAACCUGCGAAUACCCUCACAAAACCUCCCUCUCAAUAUUUUCAACCCCUCACCCUCGAUCACAGGCCCGUCAGCGUCAUGGACCCCUCCCGCUUUAUACAAGCCGGUGGCGGCGGCAUUGUCCCCCAGACAGAUGCCCCAACCUCUGCUAGCAAUGCCGGAGAACGCCGAGUGACGAUACGCUGCAUGCAGUCGUCAAUCAGUCUUCCCGUCACCCCCGAUACUACCCCGAGUGAGAUUCUAUACUCGGCCGCCAACCUCAUGACCCACAACAUCAACCCGCAAACCAGUGUCGUGCUCGAGUGCUAUUUUGCUUUUGGUCUGGAACGUCGCCUGAGACGCUAUGAGCCUGUGGCUCUUGUGAUGAACUCUUGGGACCGCGAUACGCAGCACUGUCUACUCAUCGUACCGGGUGAAUCCACGGACAAGAACCCCGACCUGAACCUCGAAGGUGUGCCCCGCACUAUCGAUCCGCCCCCAGGUCUCAUCAACUUCGCGCUAUACCACUCUCAGCGGCCCGGUAAAUGGAACAAACGCUACGUCACGCUGUUGGAGACUGGGCAAAUGUUUUCGGCCAAGAAGAAGGAUGCCAAACUGUCGGACAAGGAUGCCGUCUCGCUGUGCCAUUUGUCCGACUUCGACCUGUACACCGUCACCGAAAAGGACAUGCUGAAGCAGAUCAGAACUCCAAAGAAGAAUUGCUUUGCGGUCAAGAGUCAACAGAAAUCAACAGUCUUCCAAAAUACGGAAAACUUCAUCCACUUCUUCGCCACGGAUGAUUUAAAACUCGCGGAAGACUUCCAGAAAGUCAUUCAAGGGUGGCGUAGUUGGUACAUUGCGAACAAGAUUGUCGACCUCAACAAGAAGAAAUCUUCUUCACAUAGCAGCAGUGCCAGAAGCGGAACGAAAACGGGCGGCGGUGGUGGUCUUACACGAAGCGGCACCUUGCACCGGCCCCGGGCAUCCGCCGACGAGACGCCAUAUACUAUUGGAACUUUCUCGCCGCUCCUGGAUAUGAACAGUUUCGAGAAACCGAUUGACGAUUUCGGGAAGGAUUUGGACAACAAGCCGACGGCCCGACACGCAGACCACCACUCUACACCCAGACACACCCAAUCCCAAAAAGUUGUCUCGCGAUCUAGGACCACGCCGAAUCUGUCGCAGCCUCACACAAGGAGACUCAUCGACCCCUUUGCCAAGGACGAGUUCAAGUCCGGCGGUCUGUUGGGCCAAGCGUAUGAGGGGCGCAAACAGCAAGCAGAGAAGGCUGCUCUCACCGCAGAUCAUCAACAAUAUGCAGUCGAGAGUCCGUUUACUGGGGGGCACUCGCUGCUCAGCCAGUUCCCAGAACACGAAAAUAACGGGAUGCCGCAGAGAAGAGGCACGGUGCGUUCGUCUCGUCCCACGGCGACAGACCCCAUGCCUCAGCCGCGGAGUCGAUCACGGCCUCCCGCCGCACGUCCGACCACCUCAUCACGUCCCAAGACAUCAGAUGGUGGGUCAUCUUCAGGAAAACGAGAGAUGCCGCAGCCUCUUGUCGACCUCACGCCCAAGGUGCCCGACUUACCCGCGGCCUGGCGAGACGGCCAAGGUCGCGGUGUACGUGUACCCACUGGAAAGCCCCUGAUCGAGAUGGCGACAGGCCUGGAACUACCAGACGGGCACCUAGGACCGCAGCUGCCAACCGUUACCCGCAUGGGCACAGCAAAGGCGUACCCUCCCCAGCGCAUGGCGUCACAGUCGGCCGCUUCAAGGCCGAGGAGUCGCUCCACAGCAGGCGGUGGUGCUGUACGUCGCGUGGUUUCCAACGAGCAGCAGCCACCCAUGCCCUCUAUGCCGAGACGAUCGUCCAGAAGAGAUGACGAAGACGUUCCGCUCAUCAACUUUGUGGAACGCGAAAGGGGUCGCGAUACGAGGCCUCGCAUGUCGCAGGGCAUGUCGCAGGGUCUCGGGCGAAGUGGUACCGUCAGGCACUGAAGGAUGACGAGAGCGUAUGGUGGCGCUCGGCUGAAGAUUGAAAGCAGCCACCAAACGUUGUAAGACCAAGAGGAAGAAAAGAAGAGGGAGAGCGGAUCUUGCAGUGGACGCGAUUUGGGCGCAUAGGGAGAUGUCAUUUAACAUGUAAGAUACCCGGAUGUCGAUGCGACUAGCAUGUCGGUCUGCAACAAAAAGCUUUUGGAGAGGGAACCCAAGAAAAAGAUGGCAUGUUUUGUUUUGUCUAGUCAUCUUGUCUACCUGACUAGGCCAUCUUUCUAGUCAGGAACAUUUUUUCCUUUGUUAUCUCUUAAUACGGAAACUAUUUCUUCUUCACACUUUCUAACGGUUCUAUUGUUUGAGUUGGUGUCAUCAUCGUCAAUCAAUUGGACUCUGGUAUCUAUCUUCUUUCUCUAAUUGUUUUUCUUUUCACGGCUCCAUUUGUGCCACAUGCAGAGAUCCAUGAUGCCCGCCAAACACAAACACGCGCCCCAUCUGCAUUAGUAACUAUACUUUGUGGUUUUGAAAGUAGUUUAUUUGGAGCGCUUGUAGAUCUUGGCCAAGAAGAUUUCAAAGAUGCCCUUCUUGAGGCCCUCGCUCUCGUCAAUGUUGUUGAUCAUCUCCUUAAUCUCGCCGGCGCGCUUCUCCUCAAACUCCUCGAAGCGGCGCUUGAGCUCCAUGUCGUCAAAGAGCUUCUUGAUGACGGCCUCCUUGGCCUUGUCCUUUUGGCCGUAGUUGUCCUCGAGGAUCUUGCGCUGCUCGGGGGUGGCGAUGGCGAGGGCCUGGUUGACGAGCCAGCUGCACUUGUUGUCCAUGAUGUCGGUGCCGAUCUUGCCAAUGUGCUCGGGCAGGCCAAAGUUGUCGAGGUAGUCGUCCUGGAUCUGGAAGUACUCGCCGAGGGGGAUGAGGAUGUCCUCUGCCUGCUUGAGGUUCUUGGGGGUGGCGAUGUUGAGGCAGUGGAGGGCGAGGGCGACGGGGAGGUAGAAGGAGUAGUAGGCCGUCUUGUAGACGACGAUGAAGCGGUACUUCUCCAUGGAGAAGUUGUCGAGGUUGACCUUUUCCUCGGGGGCGGUGAGGAGGUCGCAGAGCUGGCCGAGCUCGGUCUGGAAGGUGACCUCGUGGAAGAGCUCGAGGAGGUCGACGUAGGAGGCGUGCUCGCGGAAGAACUUCUUGAGGAGGGUGUAGAUGGCGGCCUCGAGCAUGAAGGCGUCGUUGAUGGCGACCAUGCCGACGCCCUCGUGGCGGUACCAGCAGGGCUUGCCGCGGCGGGUGAUGGAGCUGUCCAUGAUGUCGUCCGAGACGAGGAAGAAGGCCUGGAGGAGCUCCGUCAUCCAGCCGAGGGUGGCGGCCUGGAAGUACUCUUCCUCGGAGAGGGGCUUGUCGAGGAGGAGGGAGACGGAGUCGGGGACCGACAUGCCGCGGUUGCAUUUUCCGCCGAGGGUGUUGAUUUCGAGACUCUGGCGCACAGGAAAGCUGUUAAUCUUUUGGUGUUCUUCUUCUCUGACAGGUUCCCCCUUUUUUCUAUUGCCAUUGAGAAUGAGGAGGUCGCCCGCACAAAUGCGCUCACACGCAUAGCCUCAUGCCAAAUCAUUUAGAUAGUUGAGGAGUGUCGAGGGGUCGGUGUGGCUUAAAUGCUUGCCUUCUUGUACCACGCCAGCUCCU